UAUUUAAGCCCCGGGGAGGCCGGUCGCGGCCCCAGAAGCGGCAGCUGGCCGGCUAUGCCUCCUGACCCGCGGCGCCCCCUCUGGCCCUGGGUCCUGCUGCUGCUGCUGCUGCUGCCGCCGCCGCUCGCGGGGACGCGGGGGCCCCGCAGCCCCGCCGGGCCCGGGGAGGCGGCCGAGGAGCCGGGCUCCGGGAGGGCCUGGCCCGCCUUCCAGGACUUGCAGGAGCAGCUGAGGGCGGCCGUGGCCCUCUCCAGGCGGUACUGGGCGCUCUUCAGCUGCCGCAUGUGGCCCGAGACCUGCGGGCAGGACGGGAAGCCCCCCCUGGCCUGGAGCCUUCCUCUUCUGGGCCAGCAGUACCUGGACAUCCUGACCACGUGGUACUGCAGCUUCCAGGAUUGCUGCGCCGGCGGGGACUGCAGGAUCUCCAACAACCUCACAGGCCUGCAGUCGGACCUGAGCGUGCGGCUGCACGGCCAGCAUCUGGCCCGGGAGCUGGUCCUGGCCGCGGUGAGGGAGUACUUGGCGCUGCCCCAGCCAGACAAGGCCCUGGCUCUGUCGUUCCACGGCUGGUCUGGCACGGGCAAGAACUUCGUGGCCCAGAUGCUGGCGGAGAACCUGUACCGGGACGGGCUGAGGAGCGACUGUGUGCAGGUGCUCACCACCAUGCUCCACUUCCCUCACCCACGUCUGGCGGGUCUGUACAAGGAGCAGCUGCUGCAGCAAGUGAGGGAGACGCAGGAGCGCUGCCGCCAGACCCUGUUCGUGUUUGACGAGGCCGAGAAGCUGCACCCAGCACUGCUGGAGGCCCUCGGGUCGCACCUGGAACGCUGGACCCCUGAGAACCACGGGGCCCCUGAGAACCGCGGGGCCGAGUCCUCGAGAACCAUCUUCCUUUUUCUCUGCAACCUCGGAGGUGACGCCGUCAACGAGGUGGUCCUGGAGCUGCUCCGGGCUGGACAGCCCCGGGAGGAGAUCACCAUGGCACACCUGGAGUCCCGCCUCCAGGCCGAGCUGGCGGCGUCCACAGACAGUGGCUUUGGCCACAGCCGCCUUGUGACGGAAAACCUGAUCGACCUCUUUGUCCCCUUCCUGCCGCUGGAGUACCGCCACGUGAGGCUGUGUGCUCGAGACGCGUUCCUGAGCCGGGGGCUCCCGCACACGGAGGAGAUGCUGGAUGAGCUCGCCGGGAUGGUGGUCUACGUCCCCAAGGAGGAGCAGCGCUUUUCCUCGCAGGGGUGCAAGUCCAUCGCCCAGCGCAUUAGCUAUUUCCUGCCUUGAGGGCGAGGCGGGAACUGCCUCAAGCCGCCUCCCCCCCGCACCAGGACCCUGGGCCCGGCGCAGUCACACCUGAGGAGUGAGUAACCAGGAGGCCUUAAACCAGCGGCCAGAGCUGCUCCUAAAACCACCUGGUGCCUUCAACAGCCACGUGGGGGAGGAAUGCAUCCCGCGGGCUGGUCAGCCUCUCAGCUGUCACCCGCGGACGCUUGGACUUGGGUGAGGGUCCCGCUGUGGCAGGACUCGGGGACAGUAAAGGGGAAGAACGUUCUGCUGACGGGGGGCAGGUGGGGGAACAGCUCGGGUUUGCGGGGCGGGGGUUCGCAGAGGGAGCUGCGCAGCCUGUGUCGUGAGCAGGCCAGGGAAGAGCCAGCUCAGGGUGAUUUUCUUCGGGUCAUGUCAGUGCAGGCCAGGGUUUGUUCUCUGCAGCUAAAAAAAAUUCUUCAGCUAGGAGCCUGGACAUCACUGUGCCAUAUGUAAAUAUUAAAUUCUGUAUUUUUCGAAAA